AUGAUCACUCUGCUCAAAACGUGGUUUGACGUCGAGUACACUAGGAAGAACGGUCGAAACGUACCACGUCGAAACGAGGCCACAAAGACGCCGUUACCGAGACAAGUGACGUGGGAGCGGUACAAGUGGGUUGCCGUUACCUUGGAAGAGUGUCUUACAACAUAUAAACGCGCCUUGUGUUUUCAGGCACUGGUUUCUGAAUGGAAGGGCGACAAAGUGGGUGACGAAGUCGAUGUGCCGGUCAAUACGAUAGUCCUUUCUCCUAUCGCUGUUUUCGCCAUCACUACUGUCCUUACUCCCAUUGUACUACGAUACUUCAACAGAGGCAACACUAAAGGGAACGAUAGCGGCGUAGUAGAGGCAUCGAGAGAAACUCGAUAUGAGCGGCAGAUCAUUCCGUCAACCAUCAGGGCAAUCAAUGCCCUCCUCUGGAUAAUGCAGGACACGAGUUGGGGAGAAACUCGAGAAUUGAAUGUACCUGGGCGGGCCAAAUCUCCACAAGUGAGCAUGGCAUCUCAUUAUUAG